CGCCCGAGCCGCCGCAGGAGGAAGGUGCUGCUGGAGGAUGCGCUGCGGCGCCAGGGGCCCGGCUCGCAGAACGUGACAGCCUCGCCGGCCCCCUCCCCUACCCCGCUGCGGCCCGCGGGGGCACCGAGCCCGCUGCCUCGGGAGGCGCCAUGUCCAAGAUGCCGGCCAAGAAAAAGAGCUGCUUCCAGAUCACCAGCGUGACCACGGCGCAGGUGGCCAGCAGCAUCACGGAGGACACGGAGAGCCUGGAUGACCCCGACGAGUCCCGCACCGAGGACGUCUCCUCCGAGAUCUUCGACGUGUCGCGGGCCACUGACUAUGGUCCUGAGGAUGUGUGUGAGCGGAGCUCUUCUGAGGAGACCCUCAACAAUGUGGGUGAGGCUGAGACUCCUGGGACGGUGUCCCCCAACCUCCCCCCGGACGGGCAGCUGGUGGCCUCAGCCCCGGGAGGGGCAGCAGCUGCCAAUGGGGGGGCUGUGCCCAAAAGCACUGCGGUGCCCCCAGUGGCCCUGGCCCCAGUGGCAGGGGGCAGCAGUGUCCAGGUUCUGUCCUCUGCAGCAGGAGCUGCUGCUCCUGGGACCGUGGCAGCAGCCGUGUGUAGUUCGCGCUUCAGGGUGAUCAAGCUGGACCAUGGCACAGGGGAGCCCUAUAGGCGGGGCCGAUGGACGUGUAUGGAAUAUUACGACCGGGACUCGGACAGUGGUGGUGUCCUGGCUAGGACUGGAGAUUGCAUUAGACACAGCAGCACCUUUGAUCAGGCUGCUCAAGAAAGGGACAGUGGGCUGGGUGCCACGGGAGGCUCUGUAGUGGUCUCAGCCGUGCCAUCCUCAGCACACGGCUCUGAGUCUAUAGCUGACAGCUCCCUUACUGCUGUGUCACAGCUGCUCCAGACAGAGAAAAUGAACCAGCCCUCUCCACAGCAACCUAAUUUUGUCAUUGGGCAGCAGCAGCAGCCUGUAGGCGGGGCCAUGCCACAAAGUACUGCUCAGCCCAUGUAUUCUGGGGCUCCAGUAGCAAGUCAGCAAAUGCUGGUGCCGCCGCAGCAAUCCCAGCCGCAGGUAAAUGCACAGAGCGUUGUACAGGCUGGAACCAAUGGGAAAGGCAUGCCACCUCCGAAUGUAACGAUCACCCAGCCUAGCCUGACCGUACCGCAGCAGCAGGUGCAGCCAGCAAAUGUCCCUGUGAGUCAGCCUCAGCAAUUUGCUUAUUCUCAACCCCAGAUUCCUUCAGUACAUCUACUGCCGACACAGCCUUCUGGCCAGGCAGAAUACAUGCAACACAUGACAGUUAUACAGUCUCAAGGAACUAUCCCACAAGCUACUACAAGCUCUGUUCCAAGUACUGGGGCUUCCAGCCUUCCUGUGGGCCAGGUGGCUGCCCAGAAUCCCUCACCAGUGGGAGCACCAAUGAUGGGCAUUUCGCCACAGCCUGGUGAAGCAGUGGGACAGGGAUCAGGAUUAAUGCAGAGUGGCCAGGCACCUCCUAGUCAGACAGCCAUUCCCCAGCAAGGAGGUGUGGUGCAGCAAAGCAUUGGACCUACAGGGAUUGUGCAACAGAAAUCUAUGACUCAGCAUCAAAUGGGUGGAAGUAGUCAAGUGUCUGGAAUGCCUAGUGCUCCUCAUACCAUAGUCUCUGGAGUUCAGAACGUGCCUGCAGUUGUGCCCGGUACAAGUGUGCCUAGUGUGUCUACCACUUCUGUUACUAUGCCAAAUGUCCCUGUUACUCUAGUUCAGUCACAACUGACCAGCCAUACAUCUGUAAGUAGGAGUACCAGUGUUGUCCAACAACAUGUUGGACAUUCAGUAAUGCAAGGCACAUCUAAUGUACCUACAAAUCUGCCACAGUCUAAUAUUGGACAGUUUCAGACUCAAACGCAAACCUUAGCAGGUCAAAUUGAUGAUACUAGAAGAAAAUCAGAACCCCUACCUCAGCCACCACUUUCUCUCAUUGCUGAAAAUAAGCCUCACGUGAAGCCUCCCGUUCCGGACACUUUAACGAAUCCUCUUCACUUACCUGCAAGUACUCCUAUGAACAGUUUUGCCAGCUCUGUAUUUGGCAUAUCUAUUCCCGUUGAUGGUGAUGAAGACAGUGCAUCUGGUGCAAGUGUUGUAGCCAUUGACAACAAAAUAGAACAGGCAAUGGAUUUGGUGAAAAGCCAUUUGAUGUAUGCAGUCAGAGAAGAAGUGGAAGUCUUGAAGGAACAAAUAAAAGAAUUGGUUGAAAGAAACUCUUUACUUGAACGAGAAAAUGCACUGUUAAAAUCCCUUUCAAACAAUGAUCAGUUAUCCCAACUUUCAACCCAACAGGCCAAUCCUAGUAGCACUUCACAACCGCAAACAGUGAUAGCACAGCCUCCGCAGCCAACACAACCUCCGCAGAAGCCGAAUGUUUCCUCAGCAUAAAGCUUUCUUGCCUCAUUAAGAAAAAACUGAAAGCAAUCUGUCCUUGUGUGCCACUGGUGUUCUUUCCACUUUAUAUGAAAGCAAGUAGCCAUGCUUCAGUUGUGUGUUUGGCCUUUUCAGUAUUAGACAAUCAUUCUGCAAGAGCUUUUCCCUCACUUUGAGAUGUUAUGCAGCGCAGUUGGUGUUCAGUUAUGUCAUCAGUGGACAAGGGAAAUGGUAGAAGGAGUUCUUAAUGCAAAGAGUCUGCAUUUAUUGGGUGCGCAUGAGUGGGGUCUUUAAGAGCUUUGGUGGCUCCCCAAGUUUCCGUUUUCCAUGGAUUACUUUGAGCCUUGCUAUCUUGUAUAAGAAGUAACAAUUCAUCUUAAGAGCCACUGUUCUUUCAAUAUAAGUAACAUUUGCCUACAUUUAGUUUCAUUUAUUUGUUUUAUUUAUUACAGGGCUGCUAUUUUCAUAAUGUACAUGAACAAUGUCACAGAACUUUUUUUAAUUUUUUAAUAAAUGUAAGUAUCAGUAAAAUGAUAGACGGGAUUGCGUUUAAUAGAUACAAUGUUUAGGCAAUAAUUGAACAAAAGAAUCCUGGCAUAUUUCUAACACUAAUGGCAAUUUACCUUUGGUAUUUAUUUACGGUAGUAAAGACCCAGCUUGAAUGUAAAUUUUUGUAUAGAGUGUAAGUAUGAAGACCAUAGUGCAUCUGUACAGGUAGUCACCAGUUAUUGUGAUAUAAUAAAUAAUUGAUGGGCUAUUUUGAUGAAGAAAACUUUGCUCAUUUCUGUUUCUACUUUCUAAUAGAGAGAAAUUGCCAUGAUUCCUCUGCUUUUUGACAUUUCGUAUGAUUUUUUUUUUUUUUGGGUGGGAAUAAAAAGCUGUGAAAUUGUUCAACCUACUUUGUAACCAAAGAAGCAAAGCUGUGUAAUUGAGUUUUUAUUUUAUAAUGCACAUUCUUUAUGUAUUUUUAUUUAGUGUUUUCUCAUUCACAAUUUUUCUUUGCUGUCUAGCAUGAUCUGCAUGACCUAUAAUCUUUGAACCACUUUCGUACCUCAUGUUUUUAUCCAGCACUCUUAUUGUAAUAUGUAAUAGUCUGUGAAAAAAUGUCAAAUAAAGAACGAACGGCUGGUGUUGAUGGAGCUGAGCUAGUGUAGUACACACUAGUUGUUUAAAAAAAAUGAAGUGAGCCAUCUUUUGUUCAUUUAAAAUGGUGUUUUGAAUUUCGUAUGCAGAAAAUGUUUUGUUACAUUGCAGAUUUUAAUGUAUUUAAUAAAUGCAACAUGCAGAUUAAGUGCAGUGUAUACUGAGUAUUUAAAUUAAAAUGUACAUUUCAUAAA